AUGUCCGCACCACAAGAAGGAAGAGUCAAGAGCGUGCUCUCUGGCGAUACCGUGAUCCUACAAAAUAAAGGGAAGCAAGAACGAACAUUGAGUCUAGCCUUCAUCAACGCUCCUCGACUUCAGCAGGACGAGCCUGGUGCCUUCGAAUCACGCGAUUUCAUCCGCAAGCAAUGCGUAGGCAAGAUAGUACAUUUCCGCGUCCUCUACAACAUACCGCAAAAGACAGGUGGGGGGAGUCGCGACUAUGGUAUUGUGAAUCUAGCCAACGGACAGACGCUCCCGGACUUGAUCGUGCAAGAGGGAUGGGCCAAAUUGCGAGACGAUGCGGAUCGGAAGGCAGAGUCACCACAGGCCUCUGAACUGCUCGAACGACUCACUGCAUUGGAGGCACAUGCCAAGGCCGAUGAGAAGGGUGUGUGGGCAUCCAAGCCAAGCAACAUUCAGAACGUACGUGAGCUGUCAGAUGCGAAGGCAUUCGCCGAAGAGCACAAAGGUGAGCCUAUCGAGACUGUGGUCGAGCGAGUUUUGAGUGGGGAUCGCCUCAUAUGUCGGCUCAUGGUUAACCCUACGUAUCAUGUAACUACGACUGUACUGGUUGCUGGUCUACGGUCACCUACGACAGCACGGACGAAUCCUUCAGAUGGCAGUACGCAGGCAGCCGAACCGUAUGGCAACGAGGCACAAGCCUUUGUUGAGGAGCGACUCCUGCAGCGAGGCGUGCAAGUGCGAUUACUCGGCGUGUCACCAAACAAUCUCUUGGUAGGUUCCGUGCAGCAUCCUGUGGGCAAUAUUGGCGAAUUCUUGCUCAAGGAGGGUCUGGCACGUUGCACUGAUCACCACUCGACAUGGCUCGGUGCUGAGAUGGGCAAGCUACGUCAGGCGGAGCGAGAAGCGAAGGAGCAGCAGAGAGGUCUGUUCAGGGGUGCUGCACCACUACAGCGAUCAGCUGGGAGUGAAGCAGAAGCCACCGUUACACGAAUCUUUUCCGCAGACACUCUCUUCAUCCGAAACAAGGCAGGCGCGGAAAAGCGUAUAAACCUCAGCAGUGUAAGACAGCCUAAGCCAUCUGAUCCGAAGCAGUCUCCGUUCGGGGCAGAGGCUCGAGAAUUCCUACGCAAGCGACUCAUUGGCAAGCAUGUCAAGAUCAAGACAGAUGGCAAGAGACCAGCUACCGAAGGCUACGAUGAGCGAGAAAUGGCCACCGUGACGUCCGGCAACACGAAUGUCGCUCUCAUGCUUGUUGAGAAUGGUUACGCAUCAGUUAUUCGCCACCGCAUGGACGACACCGACCGAAGUCCGCUGUACGACGAUCUUCUGGCGGCCGAGGUGAAGGCUCAAGAGGAGGGCAAAGGUAUGUGGAAUCCGAAGCCACCUAAGCAACAGACCUUUGUCGAUCAUAGCGAGUCCCUGGAGAAGGCCAAGCGACAGCUCACACUCCUCUCGAAACAACGCAAGGUGCCGGCCGUGGUCGACUUCGUCAAGUCUGGAAGCCGCUUCACUGUCUUGGUACCUCGCGAGAAUGCUAAGCUCACCUUUGUGCUGGGUGGCAUCCGUGCGCCGAAAAGUGCUCGCGGCCCACAAGAUCAAGGCGAGCCAUUUGGACAGGAAGCGCACGAAUUCGCCAACAAGCGUUGCAUGCAGCGCGAUGUUGAGAUUGACGUUGAGGAUACCGACAAGCAGGGCGGUUUCAUUGGCCAACUCUAUGUCAACCGUGAGAACUUUGCCAAGCUGCUUGUCGAGGAGGGCUUCGCCCAAGUGCAUGCAUACAGUGCAGAGAGGUCUGGUAAUGCCAAUGAGCUCUUCGCGGCUGAGCAGCGCGCAAAGGAAGGUCGCAAGGGUCUGUGGCAUGAUUGGGACCCUUCCAAAGAUGCGGAGGAGAACGGUGAGGACUACGAUGCUGCGCCUGCGACGAAUGGCACGAACGGUGCCAAUGGCGAUGCCGGCAUGUCCAAAGCCAAGAUGGACUACCGCGAUGUCACAGUCACAUACGUCGACCCAACGAAUGCACGAAUCAAGCUGCAAAUGCUUGGCUCGGGCAAGCAAAACCUCGAUUCGCUCAUGAAGGACUUCGCCAAUUUCCACAUCUCGCCACAGAACAGCAAACCUCUCGCACAGCCACCUAAAGCUGGUGAUGUAGUCUCUGCCAAAUUCUCUGCUGACAAUGUCUGGUACCGCGCCCGUGUGCGCCGUAACGACCGCGAGAACAGGACUAGUGAAGUAGUCUACAUCGACUACGGCAAUUCCGAGACCCAACCCUGGAGCUCACUGCGUGCAAUAGACAACGAUCGUUUCGGUGUGCAGAAGCUGAAGCCCCAAGCCGUCGAUGCAGCACUCUCCUUUGUCCAGUUUCCGACCAGCCCAGAGUACCUUUCAGACAGCUGCAAGUUCCUCGACGAAGUCACGUACGAUCGAGCGCUUGUGGCAAUGGUGGACUAUAAUGAUACCCGCGACAACUUACUGUACGUCACGUUGAUAGAGCCAGCUGGCGCCGAGGCCUCAGGCUCCUCAGCACGUCUCAAAAGCGUCAAUGCUGAGAUCGUAAGUGAGGGCUUGGCUAUGGUGCCGAAAAAGCUGAGGCCCUUUGAGCGUGCGGCAGGUGAUGUGUUGGGUGAUUUAAAGGCUAGAGAGAGCGAGGCGAAGAACGAGAGGAGAGGCAUGUGGGAGUAUGGUGAUUUGACUGAGGAUUAG